AUGCGAGAGAAGUGGGAAGCCGCGCAGGCAAAUCUCCGGGCGCAGUUGGAAAAGGACGACAAUUACGUGCACUUUCUUGAAAGUGUUGAAAAAGAAUUAGCAAGAAAGUUGCGGUUUGCACGUCGGUCGCGAAGUGGCUCUCUCUUGGAUGACGUCGCCUUCGACAGGUUCGUCGAGGCGACAGCUCAACUCAAGUACCUCCACACUUUCUAUCAAGGAAAACUAAAGCUGAUUGUGGAUCCAAUAGAUGAUGAAAACGCCUGUUCUUUUGACGGGAAGUGCGACAUUUUGGUGGAAACUUUGGCGGAUAUGCUAAGCAUCCUUCGAAUUGUCUGGCUGCUAGUAUUCAAGCUGGAAGGUUGGAAUCAGCACACAGCUUUAUUCGACUUUGAUACUCACUCUCCUAAACUGGAAAUCGAAGGAAAGUGGCAGUUUGAUCUCCAGAAAACGAUGUACGACUUUACUUUGGAGCAACGACAGAAACUUUUCGCCGGUCACCAAGUGUUUAUCACCAACCACAAGUCAAUUCUUCCGCCGGUGAAAGACUUAGUAAAGAUUGUCGAAUGUGCCGGUGGAACAGCAGUAGCUAAUGGCAGUGCUGGUCCAACCGACGUGGUUAUUUCGAGUGAGACAGCCUUGGCCACGGCAUCAGCUCGCAGAGCAUUGGCGCUGGCAAAUCCGGCGCGCAUCUACUCCUCCGAGCUCAUUCUGAGUAGCAUCUUGCAGCAGCACAUCGAUUUCACCAAAAACCGUCUAGAGACUACAAGCGGCGGAAGUCGCCGGCGCAAGUAG